AGCGUCGAGUCUUCUGAGGCGAGGAGAGCAGUUCACGACCUGAUGGAAGAGAGCGAGGAGAGAGAAGAACUGAGUGAAGUGGAGGAGGAACAUCAUGUCCAACCUGGAGGAAAACCUUUGAGUCGCUCAAAGACUAAAAAGACAUUUUUAAAGAAAAGACGAGCCAAGAAAUCUUUCACCUGCACUCAGUGUGGAAACAGUUUAACAACCAAACAACAUCUUGAGCAUCACAUGAGGAUCCACACCGGAGAAAAGCCGUUCUCAUGUGAUCAGUGCGGGAAGAGAUUCAGUCAAUCAGCAAACCUUAAUCUUCACAUGAGAAUCCACACCGGAGAGAAGCCGUUCUCAUGUGAUCAGUGCGGGAAGAGAUUCAGUCAAUCAGCAAACCUUAAUGUUCACAUGAUGAUCCACACUGGAGAAAAGCUGUUCUCAUGUGAUCAAUGCGGAAAAACAUUUCUUAGGUCAUCAGAGCUGAAGACACACCUGACAGUUCAUACGAAGGAGAAGCCGCAUUCAUGUUCUGUGUGUGGAAAGAGUUUUUCACUGCUGCAAACUUUACAUAGACAUGAGAAAACUCACACUGGUGUGAGAGAGUACAUGUGCUUUGAGUGUGAGAAGACUUUUACUACAGCAGGCAAUUUAAAACUGCACCAGAGAAUUCACACUGGAGAAAAACCUUACAAGUGUUCACACUGUGAUGAGAGAUUCAGUAUGCCAUCAUCUGUGAAAACACACGAGAGGAUCCACACUGGAGAAAAACCUUACAUGUGUUUACACUGUGACAAGAGAUUCAGUCAGUCAUCAAAUCUGAAAACACAUGAGAGGAUCCACACUGGAGAGAAGCUGCACACUUGUGAUCAGUGCGGGAAGAGAUUCCUUGACUCAUCAUCCCUUAAAAAACACAUGAUAAUCCACACCGGAGAGAAGACGUUCUCAUGUGAUCAAUGCGGUAAAACAUUUUUUAGGGCAUCGAACCUGAAGGAACACCUGACAGUUCAUACGAAGGAGAAGCCGCAUUCAUGUUCUGUGUGUGGAAAGAGUUUUUCACUGCUGCAAUCUUUACACGGACAUCAGAAAAUUCAUACUGGUGUGAGAGAGUACAUGUGCUUUGAGUGUGAGAAGACUUUUACUAGAGCGGACAGUUUAAAAAAGCACCAGAGAAUUCACACUGGAGAAAAACCUUACAAGUGUUCACACUGCGACAAGAGAUUCAGUGUGUCAUCAUCUCUGAAAACACACGAGAGGAUCCACACUGGAGAAAAACCUCACAAGUGUUCACACUGUGACAAGAGAUUCAGUCGAUCAGCACAUCUGAAAACACAUAAGAGGAUCCACUGCAGAGAGAAGCUGCACACGUGUGAUCAGUGCGGGAAGAGUUUCUCUAUUAAAAGUCACCUGAAGCUACACAUGAAGAUCCACACAGUGGAGAAACCACGUAAACACAGUCUGAGAUCACGAUGAUAAGGAACAGACCACCACAGACACUAGAGAUCUUUUUCCUGUGGGACAUGAACAGCAGAGAGUUGAAGAUGCCAUGAGGAGGAACAGACCACCACAGACACUAGAGAUCUUGUUCCUGUGGGACAUGAACAGCAGAGAGUUGAAGAUGCCAUGAGGAGGAACAGACCACCACAGACACUAGAGAUCUUGUUCCUGUGGGACAUGAACAGCAGAGAGUUGAAGAUGCCAUGAGGAGGAACAGACCACCACAGACACUAGAGAUCUUGUUCCUGUGGGACAUGAACAGCAGAGAGUGGAAGAUGCCAUGAGGAGGAACAGACCACCACAGACACUAGAGAUCUUGUUCCUGUGGGACAUGAACAGCAGAGAGUUGAAGAUGCCAUGAGGAGGAACAGACCACCACAGACACUAGAGAUCUUGUUCCUGUGGGACAUGAACAGCAGAGAGUUGAAGAUGCCAUGAGGAGGAACAGACCACCACAUACACUAGAGAUCGUGUUGGGCUUGCCAAAGCCAACGAUGGACAUAAACCUUGCUCUAUGGACAGAGUUCCUGACAAGUGUGUCCACAUUGUUUUGCAUCUGACUAAGCCUACACCUGAUGGGAGUAGGUGUUCUGUGCAUC